AUGACCACUCAAAUCCCCCUCUCCUGCCCCUCGCGCACCUCCAUCCUUCUUUCCAACCUCGCCUCCGUCACCGUCCGAGUCACCACCGCCGCCACCGCCGCCUCCAACCCCUCCAACCCCUCCUCACCCACGACCCCGCGCCUGGUCGCCGUCUCCAAACUCAAGCCCGCCUCCGACAUCCUCACCCUCCACCAACCGCCGGCCUCCCACAUCCACUUCGGCGAGAACUACCAGCAAGAACUGACCGAAAAGUCACGCCUACUCCCCCCAACCAUCAAAUGGCACUUCAUCGGCGGGCUGCAGUCGAAUAAAUGCGUGGCGCUGGCGCGCGAAGUCCGCGGCCUAUGGGCCGUCGAGAGCGUCGACUCAGAGAAGAAGGCGUCUUUGCUGGAUCGCGGCUGGGGGGAGCGCAGUGAGGAGGUCCGCGCCACGAACCAUGAGGAGCGGCUGCGCGUCUUCGUGCAGGUGAAUACCUCCGGCGAGGAGAACAAGUCCGGUGUCGAGCCGAAGAAGGCGACCGAGCUGUGUGCGUUUAUCAGGGAGAAGUGCCCCCGGCUGAGGUUGCAGGGUGUUAUGACCAUCGGGGCGAUUGCGAGGUCGAGGGCGACGACGGCCGAGAAUGAGAAUGAGGAUUUUGCUUGUCUGAAGGAGACGAGGGAUCGUGUGGUUGCCGACUUGGCGUUGGUUGGGGAGGAGGCGGGCUUGGAGUUGAGUAUGGGGAUGAGUGAGGACUUUGAGGGCGCGAUUGCCCUUGGCAGUGAUCAGGUCCGCGUGGGAACUACCAUUUUCGGGGAGAGGCCGCCCAAGGAUCAGGCCAAGGUGGUGUGA